AUGGAGGCAGAGGAAGUAGGAAGCGAUCCAGUGGUGAGCAACGACCAGCGGCUACAAAGUUUCUGGAAGAGGGUUGCAGACUAUUACAAAGCUCAUGAUGGAGGAACUGGUUCAAACGCAAGAGGGCCUUCACAAUGUAAGGCAAGGUGGAGUAAGAUAAACCACCAAGUCAACAAGUUUGUUGGGUGUUACUCACAAGCGAGUACAAGAAGGAAGAGUGGACAAUCAGAAGAUGAUGUUGUGAGCAUGGCGUAUGAGUUUUACAAGAAUGACAUGAACAAGCCCUAUAAGCGUACUAAGCUUGCUUUUGAAGGAGAUUUCUCAGCUCCUUCGAGCAAUGGUGGAGACGAGAUGAGGCCUCCGAGGGUUAAAGCUGCCAAGAAAAAAGGAAACAAACAUGCAGUUAGUAUUGAUGUGGAUGAUGGUUCUGUCAGUAAGUUGGAUAAGAUAAUAGCAAUGAAGGAUCAAGAACAGGCGGCUAAAGAGAGGCACGGCAAAAUGAGAUUGCUAGACAGCCUGCUUAACAAGGGUGAACUAACAUCUGCUGAAGUCCUACUUAGAGACAAACUUGUUGAUCAAAUGUUUUGGGAUGACAUAUGUAGCUGUCUCGUUGCCAUCUAA